AUUCAGUUGUGGUCCACACUCGUCUUGUUUCCUCCUAGUUCUGUCUGUCUAGGUGGGUUUUUCACUCCUCGUCCAGUUGACCAGUCAAACUCUUGGGACGUCACCCUGAACCAGAACUCCAGAUUUCCUUCUACAUUUGUGUUGCUGCGCUUUGACAAAGGUCUGUGACUGAACCCGUAGACCAGGGAACAUCAUCAUCAUCACCAUCAUGAUCAUCUUCAGUUCAAUUAACUAAAACAACAACAUCCAUGAAUAUACAAGAGAACAGCUGGAGAAGAACUGUCCACUGGAGUGACCACAAUGCAUGAAAGGGUUAAAUGUGCAAAACUAUCAGCCAACAGCAGCACAGUGUUUUCCAGUGGAAAUAAGACGUGAGGGGGACUAACUAGUAUUUCCCAUUACACUUGAAGGCAGCAUUCACAUUCGCUUCUCCAUCUCUUUGAUACUGUAACUGUUUAACAGACACUGCACCAGCUGAAUCUCCCAAUCUGGAAGAGUUGGAUCAUGGCCACAGCAUCUGUGUCUGAGCUGAGGGUUGUUCUUCUGGGGAACAACUGGUCUAAGAGGAAUUCAGUAGGAAAUCUGAUCCUGGAUCAGAUUGUGUUCUAUGGCAAACCCACCUCCUCCAAGAGAACCAGCAGAACAAUAAAAGAUAAAAAUGUUGUCGUCAUCAACACCCCGGAUCAUCUACUGUCUGACAUCUCAAACCAUGAGCUGAUGAAGGUCAUAAAAGACUGUUCAGAUGCUUCACGUCCUGGACCUCAUGUGUUCCUGCUGGUUCUACAGCCUGAAGACUUCACUGAAAAACACAAACAGAGAAUAGAAUUAGUCCUUAAAAACUUCAGUGAUCAGUCAUUUAAUCAAACACUGGUUCUGAUUUUACCAGGGAGUCCAGGACGGACAGAAACCUACAGACAACGUCCAGCUGUACAAGACAUGAUCAGAAGAUGCAGAUAUGGACAGCAACAGAUGGAGAACCUUGAACAUCAUGAACUGUUAACACGACUGGAUCAAAUAGUGAAAGAGAACAACGGAGAACAUCUGAGCUACGAAAAAUCUGAGGAAACACCAUCUUCUUCACCAGAUGAUCAUGAGGGCCUCAAACUGAAGCAAACAGGUUUUGGUCUCAUGGGUCCUUUUCUAACUGCUGGGCUGACUGCAAUAAAAAAUGUCCAAUCAUACCUCCCUGUCUCUUGUACAAACCCUUCAUCUCACGAAUCUGAUCUCAGGAUUGUUCUGUUUGGGAAAAGUGGAGACAAGAAGACCAAACUUCUUCAUUUAAUCCUUGGGAAGCAAAGUUCAUCGUCCUUAAAACCCCACCCAGCCAAAGAACAUACAACCAUUUAUGGAGAGUGGAGAGGAAAACGACUAACAGUGGCAAAAACUCCAGACAUCUCCAGUCUUACAGUGGAAUCACUGGGAAAAGCAGUGAAGUACAUGACACCUGGACCAAAUGUUCUUCUGCUGUUGGUGAAGCCAUCAGAUUUCAUUGAGGAGGACAGUCAAACACUGAGGUCCAUCCUGAGUUUGUUUGGUCCAGAUGCCUUCAAACACUCCAUCGUCGUCUUCACACAUGAUCAGAGUAAAAUGAGUUUCUCUGCCAAUGAGCUCCUGAAAGACUGUGGAGGAAGACACUACAACAUGUUAAAAGAAGACCGCAGUGUCUUAAUGGAGAUGAUUGAAGAAACUAAAGGUAACAGCCUCGUUCCUCUGUCCACAGUCACCAAACCACCUUUAAACCUGGUUCUGUGUGGGAACAGAAAAUCAGAGAAGACUUCAGCAGCCAGGGCCCUUCUAGGUCUGACUGAGCUUGGUUCAGGUUCUUCAGAGUUUGUUAAACAUCAGGUGGAGGUCUGUGGACGUCGGGUUUCUGUGGUGGAGCUACCUGUCCUGAAUGGAAGACCUCAGGAAGAAGUGAUGAAAGAGUCAUUCCAGUCCAUCUCCCUCUGUGAACCUGAGGGUGUCCAUGCCUUCAUCCUGGUCCUACCAGUGGGUCCACUCACCAACGAAGACAAGGCAGAGUUAGAGGCCAUCCACAACACAUUCAGCUCUCGAAUCAGGGACUUCACUGUGAUUCUGUUCACUGUGGAGUCAGAUCCUACAGCUCCAGCUGUGGUGAACUUUGUAAAAAAGAGUAAUGACAUCCAGGAGCUGUGCCAGAGAUAUGGAGGAACAUCUGUCAUUGUCAAUAUCAGAGGCAAACAGCAGGUCUCUGAGGUGUUGGACACUGUGGACAGAAUGAGACUGACCAAGUACAAACCGUCCUACACAGCAGAAACAUUUGGACGAGUCCAAAUAGAGAAGAUCACUGAGCUACAGGCUGAAAUUAAAGAUUUAAAAAACAAACGCCAAAACCCCUGUGAUGAAAAUAAACAGAGUCCAAAUUGUCUGAGGAUUGUGUUGAUUGGAAAAACCGGCAGUGGAAAGAGCUCCUCAGGAAACACCAUCCUGGGAAGAAAACUGUUCAAAGCUGACUUCAGUCAAAGAUCAGUGACUAAAUUUUGUCAGAAAGAAACAGGUCACGUGGAUGGUCGUCCUAUCACUGUAGUCGACACUCCCGGUCUGUUCGAUACAAACCUGACCAAUGAGGAGGUCCAGGAGGAGAUGGUGAAAUGUAUCAGUCUUUUGGCUCCAGGACCACAUGUCUUCCUGUUGAUGUUACAGAUCAGCAGAUUCACACCAGAAGAAAAAGAGACAGUAAAACUCAUCAAAGAAGGAUUUGGGAAGAAUGCUGAAAAGUUCAUCAUCAUCCUUUUGACACGUGGAGAUGACCUGGAGGCUCAUGGGAAGUCAAUUGAUGAAUACAUAAGAGACAAAAGUGAUGAUUCAUUUAAGAAGCUGAUCUCUGACUGUGGAGGAAGAUACCAUGUGUUCAAUAACCAAGAUAAAAACCCCACACAGGUCAGUGAGCUGAUGAAGAAGAUCGACUCCAUGGUGAAAGAAAACGGAGGAAGCUGCUUCACUAAUGAGAUGCUUCAAGAGGCUGAAGCAGCGAUAAAGAAAGAGAUGGAGAGACUGUUAAAGGAGAAAGAAGAAGAGAUGAGGAAACAGAAGGAGGAGCUGGAAAGAAAACAUGAGCAGAAAAUGAUGGAAAUGAAAAGACGAAUGGAAGAACAAAGAGAAAAAACUGAAAGAGAGAGAAAACAGAAAGAAAAUGAACUGAAAGAAAUGGAGGAAAACAUUAAGAGAGAACGUGAGCAGAGGAUGAAAGAACAGAAAAAGGGAGAAGAGGAACAGAAAAGAAAGAAAAAACAAGAAGAAAUUCAACGGCAGAAGUGGGAACAGAAACUUCAAGAUCUGGAAAGAAAGAUAAGAUCAGAGUUAGAAUGUAAAGAAACCAUCGAUAGAAUACUGGAGGAGAGCAGAGAAGAAAUGAGAAAACAACGAGAGGCCUGGGAGGAAGAAAAGAGACGAGAAUGGAACAAACGAAAAGAAGAGGAGGAAGAAAGAAAAAGAGAGGAAGAAACAAAACUUAGAAAGCUUCAAGAAAAAUAUGAGCAAAAGAGAGAAGAAUAUGAAAGAAAAAGAAGAGAAGAUGAAUGGAUCAGACGAGAAGAGGAAGAAAAACAGAGAAAAGAACUAGAGAAGAAAUAUCAGAGAGAAGUGGAAGAUCUGAAGAUGAAACAUAAAGAGGAGGCCAGAAAGAAAGCAGAAGAAUUCAACGAAUUCGCAGAGAAACUCAAAAGGGAAUUUGAAACUAAAAAGGAAAAAUAUGACAAACAUAUGAAGGGUAAAGAUGAGAAGUACGACCUGUUAAAGGCUCUGUCUUUCCACAAAGAAAAAGAAAGGAUGAAAAAACACCAGGAGGAAAUCAACGACUUGGUCAAAUGUAUAAAGAAGAAGAGAAACAAUGUGACAAAAAUCAGUGAGUUACUGAGUAAACAGGAAAAAGAAAUGGAGAAUGUCAAAGGUCAGGAAGAAAAAGAAAAACUGCUUAAAAAACAUGAAGCAGAAAUAAGUGAACUGAUAGAGACACUCCUGCAGGAAAUGAACGCUUGUUCACUUCUUUAAAAAAAACUUAUUUGGUUUUUAGAACAGCACCAGAAUAAGAGUGCACUUUGAAAUCUUAUUUUUUCUGUUGUUUCCAUUUUCUAAGUGCAUCUUUAAACACACAGUGACACUGUAUGAAUAUAUGUAUAACUGUAAUAAAUAUCACUGUCACA